AUGUCACAGCAAAUGAACAUUUUAUGUUGUUUUUCCUGCAACAUGUAUCAGGUGCACAUUGUUAAAAAAGCAAAGAAAUGGCAGUGUAAAUUAUGUAAUGCAAAGCAGUCGUUCAGACGGGUACAAAAAUUAAAUGCCAUGAAAGAAUAUGAAAGUCCAAUGAACCCAUCUUUUGAGAUGGCUACUGAUGUGUAUCUUGGUAGUAAUCAGGAUCAUUAUCCUGAUCAACCUAGGUUAGAAGUACUUGAAAACAAAUGGGCAAAGUAUUUAGACACAUCUGAUGACAAGCAAUUUAAUAGUUAUGAUACUUCCAAUAAUGACAUUUGUAAUGAUAAAGCAAAUGAUGAUUCCUUGUACUCACAAAACACUAAAACUCAUGGAUCUUCUCAGAGUAAUCAUGUGCACAGUAAUUCUUAUUACCCAAAUGAUUCUAAAGAGAAUUUUAAUAACGAUAAUAGCAAAGAAUAUGACAAUCUUAUAGAACAAGACACAUCUGAUAAUAUGUUAAUUGCCAAUAAUGAUAGCAAAAAUAGUGAUCUUCAUGAUAAGAGUGCAGUUGAAAUUAAAGAUGCAAAAAAUAUUUUUGAUGACAAUGAAGAUUUUGAUCUUAUCAUGGAUUUUUAA